AUGCCGAGCGACCUUCUUCGCCUCCGCCGGCAGCUUCGGCAUCCGGAUAUUGCCGGGGUUGAUAUUGAUGCUGACGAUCUCACGAUUGAUCACUGUUCUCUCUCAUCAACACCUCAGUGUAUCUGCUCUCUUACCUAUAUGCUAUCGCAGAGAGACAUGGUAAAUCCCGGCCAUAGAGUUCUGGGACGCGAUAUCUUCUACUUCCCAAAUUUCCUGACGAAAGAGGAAGAGGAAUACCUGGUUCGGAAGAUACGUGAAUCGCCUCAGCCACUUUGGAAAAGACUGGGAAAUCGACGCCUACAGAUAUGGGGAGGUGAUAUCACCGCGAAAGGAACCCUUAUUGUGCAGCCAUUCCCGCCGUUCGUCAACAAUUUCCCAGAUAUCAUCUCUCGUAUCAGAGAAACCGGGGCGUUCCAACACUCCCCUCAUCAAGGACCGAAUCACAUUAUUAUGAACGAGUAUCUCCCCGGACAGGGUAUUAUGCCGCACGAAGACGGCCCACAGUACCACCCAGUCGUUGCGACAAUAUCUCUGGGCUCUCAUGCUGUUUUUAAUUACUACGAGUAUCAGUCAGAGACCGAUACCGUCGCUGAACCCGCUUCGUGCGGGCAUGGCAAAAGUAUCAACACGCAGCCUAUGGUCUCUGUUCUGCUGGAGCCUCGAAGCCUUAUUAUCUCCUCGGGAGAAAUGUAUGCCUCCCACCUCCAUGGUAUCGAUGCCGUCGAAGAGGAUUUGAUAAUUUCCAACUCCUCCUCGGGAGAGGGAAUGGCCGUAGCUAAUUUUGGUCAUCUACAAGACGAGGAGAUACUGGCCUCCAUUAAGACACAAACUCCGCUCAAACGGACGGUUCGGUAUAGCUUGACGUGCCGAGAUGUAGAACGGGUUUCGAGACUCGCAACCAAGUCUCACCGAUGA